AUGCCGCGACCCUCGCGUGAAUCGUACGGCGACCAGAAGCCCCCGUACUCGUACAUCUCCCUGACGGCGAUGGCGAUCUGGAGCUCCCCGGAGCGCAUGCUGCCGCUAUCGGAGAUCUACCGGUUCAUCACGGACCGCUUCCCGUACUACCGGCGCAACACGCAGCGCUGGCAGAACUCGCUGCGGCACAACCUCUCCUUCAACGACUGCUUCGUGAAGGUGCCGCGCCGCCCGGACCGGCCCGGCAAGGGCGCCUACUGGACGCUGCACCCGCAGGCCUUCGACAUGUUCGAGAACGGCUCGCUGCUUAGGAGGCGCAAGAGGUUCAAGCUGCACACUGAGCAGAAGGAUGGCUUCAAGUCGGAACUGACUGCGUUGGCGAACUUUAAUCGACGUUUUCUAGCUGAUCAGUUGAACAUGCGGGCUCUACCAGUGAAAGCGUGCGAAGUACCAGUGGCUGCUACUCCUUGCAAGGUGACUGAAUCAAAGGACAGUUGGAGGAAGUCGUUCUCUAUAGACAGUUUGUUAAGUAGUGCAGUGGAUAAGUCGAGUGUGGAGGACAGUAGGAGCGCGGCAUGUGCGCCGGAGUGGUACCGGCCGGAGCUGGCGGCGCUGAGUGCGGCCAUGUGGCCCUCCAUGUACCCUGCCUCGCCACUGGAACACCUCCAGCUAACAGUGAACUUUCAGAAUAUUAUCGAUAGUCUGCACUAUUACUUCCAGAGACCGCUGAAUUCUGUGUAACUGUUUAUGUGACGUUAGAUUGCAAUUAAGUAGAUAGUUAGUUUAAGCAGUAGGCUUACGAACUCGUUAAUUUCAAAAUACAUACCUACAUCUAUUACAACUUACUUAGAAACACAAGACUCGUAAGAAAAUGUGUAAAAUAAAAAUAAUGAAACGUUAUUACCAGGUGUACAGAAUGGACUCAAGGUGUUCCUCAGGGCUCAAAGUAAACCAACUGGAAUAAUGAUUUAUUUAUAGGUACUAUGUUAAAAAUAUAUGUAGAUAUUUAAGUGCUAACUUGUAUAUAAAAUAUACCUACCUUUAGAUGUUGCAUAUUUAUUUAUAUUCUAUAGUAGUUUAGUUAAAUAAUUGUAGAAUAUUGAAUAGAUAAGGUAAAUGUAGAUGACUACCUUCAUGUGAAAUACUUAGGUACUUAACUUUAAAGAUAUUGAAGAAAGCAAUGUAAAUAAAGUAGAUGACGAUUUUUAUUAGGUAUUUAAAAUGAA